AUGCUCGAUGCUUGUACUUCCGAUCAUGAUAAUCAUCCUUUCGAUUCUAACAAUGCCCUGGAAGCAACUCUCACUUCCGAGUCUGAAGACCUUCAAAGUACAGCUGACUCUGUCGACUGUGUCGUUUCUGUUCUAAAAUCUACUUCAUUUCCCGUCGCCACUGUGGGUGGUAUUCCCAGAAAGAUUUCCCCUCGUGCCAUUGAAAUCUGUCCUAAUCUCUUUCGAUAUUCCAAGGGAUAUGACCCAAUCGAUUCUCUGUGCUUUGUACCCGGGUUGAUAUUGGGACCGAAUGAAGAUCGCAUCACUCCAUCUCUCAAGAUCAGAAUGGAAUAG